UUAAAAGCAGGAUAGCAAUUAACGAAGUAGAAAUGGAUGUUCAUUGUUCAGGAUUCUGAAAUAACUUAAAAGGAAAUCAACCUAUGAAGAUCGAUGUAGACUCUUUUUGAUCUUGGACAAGAAACUGUGCGGUGUAUUCAGAUUUUUGUAGUUAUUAUAAAGGUUUUAAAAUCCAAUGGAUUUAAGACCAUGGCCUUUACAGGAUACGCAUUUGAUUAACAUUCCAAGGACACUUGCAUAAAUUAAAAAGUAUCCCUGCGCUAGAGAAAAAUAACUUUUGAUGUGACAAUGCAAGAACACACAAUCGAAAUACAACCUGCAACGUUCUGAUAAUCAACUGUGUUCUCCUCUAAAAUAAUCCUACAAAUUAAUAUAGGAUGAUGUCCUUUUCAGCGUCCAGAUAUGAGGCCAGUAGCAAAAUUUGACUCCACUCAAUGAUGUGACUUGUGCCUGAUAAAAUCUGAUAUAGAUACCACUUUCGGAAGAUGUGUACAUUGAGUAUAAUUGUUAUUGGCUCUCUUCCGACUUGACAGAGCCAUCAUUGGAGAUUGAAUAUUAGCAAGCAUGAUAGAUUUUCGGUUAGGUAUCUAAUGGAGGAGGAUAAGUGUGAUUUACAUAAUAUAUCUGAAAACCGACGGUAUCAUAUAUAUUGUGUGUUUAAAGCUUUUCUUCCUAAUUUCAGCGGACGCAUUCUGUAGAGAAAAGGUGAGAAUCUUUGCUCAAGAAAAUCUUUGAAAGUGAUAAAGGCAAAACUCUUGGCCGCUCGCACUUGCGAUUGGUUCAGCGUUUACCCGCGAAUCGAUAAAUCUAGAGGUAAUCCGCAAACAAGUGUAUAUUAGAAAGACUUGGAUUGUGUUUGAAUUAUAUAAUUGUAAGUUUACUUACGGAAUUUACUAAAAAGUAGUAUAUUCCUCGCGCCGUACUCUUGUUAAAAGCAACAGAAAUUCAACAGCAGCAAAUUGUUUGAGGCGUUCAGAAAAAUACAAUGGACGAGAGUUAGCGCACUCUGUACCCGUUUGUGGUAAAGGAAAACGGAUUAGAAUGUGAGAAAUGUUCUAAGAGAUCUGCGAUGUCCACACUGUAGUUCUCUGACUGACAAAAUUAACUCUCUUCAUUUUUUUCUCGGUUUACAAAAUCUUUCACUAACUUAUUGUGAGCGGAGAUCAAUCGAAACAAAUCGGCAUUGUGACAAGAUCCUAUAGUAGGAAAAUCCAAAGGUAACCUGCGUAAAGGAAAAGUUACAAGCUCACAGAUCAGUCAUCAUCAGGAUCACCUGAAAGAUACACAUUCCCCCAAGCCAGAUGAGUAACAUUGUUGGAAACCUAUCUAAUUUCACAACCAUGUAUCCAAACACAUCUUGUGAAAAUCUGACUUUGUGCAACCGUACGGACGAGUACUUGAACAUGGAAGCUUUUUUAAGGUUUGAACAUCUUGUGCAAAUCAUCAUACCCAUGAUAUUUGGAUUGAUAGUCAUCCUGGGAUUCGUAGGAAAUAUCUUAGUCAUAUUUGUUGUUUGGUCUUACAAACAAAUGCAAAAUACCACCAACAUUCUGAUCGUCAGUUUGGCCGUGGCGGACUUAUUCUUUAUCAUCUUUUGUGUUCCGUUUACGGCAGCCAGCUACGCAAUGUGGAUCUGGCCGUUUGGUGCCAUCUGGUGCAAAAUUGCGCACUAUUUGAUGCAUGUCUCUGCGUACGCUAGUGUCUGGACUUUGGUAUUGCUUUCCCUCGAUAGAUACUUAGCAGUCGUACAUCCGAUACCAUCGAUGCGCCUGCGCAACCGACGUAAUACUUAUCUUCUCGUAUACAUUACUUGGACCUUCAUCUGUUGCGGAAAUGUGCCCAUUUUCUUACAAUAUGGCGUAGUUCACUACAACUGGAUGGGUUUUCAGCGAUCGGCAUGCUUGAAUCUUGAUGGUAUGAGAAAUAAAAUGAAGCAAAAAGUCUUCUACGUGUGUUUCUUCGCGUUUGGAUACAUGAUACCGCUGAUGCUGAUUUGCCUACUGUACGGGUUCCUAUUGAAGCGACUUCUUUAUGGUGUUGUACCGGGGGGUAGUCAGCGAGCCGACAGCAUCAGAGCCAAAAAGAGGGUCACUAAAAUGGUUGUCAUCGUAGUUCUGAUAUUUGCUCUGUGUUGGCUUCCUAUUCAAGUGAUCUUUUUGGUUCAAAAUUUUCACCCCGACUAUGAACUCACUACUAAGACUUCUUCUAUUAAUAUGGCCGCCAACUGCUUAGCAUACAUGAACAGUUGUGUCAAUCCCAUUUUGUAUGCGUUUUUGUCUGAAAAUUUCAGACGAAGUUUUCGUCGAUUACUUUGCUGUCUACCAGAACCUUGUAGCAAAUACGCACACGAGAAAACAAACGUCAGAGGAAUGGAAACCAGAGAUACGUUGCUUAACAAUGGCAGUUCAAAAAGUAAAAGUGAAAAUGGCAAAGACAAAAAUUGCAAUGUUGGUGAAUGUAUUGAACUGAAAGCGCUCACUGAAUUGUAACAUGCACGACCUACGCUGUAACAGUGUUUUCGAAAAAAAAAAUUCGCCAUGCAGACAUUUUCGUACUUAUACUGUGGCAAUCCAUUAAGAUGGUUGAAAGUGCAUUUGGUGCAUUAUGGGUAUAAAUAUAUACUAGUAUACCAUUGACAACACAUGUAUCAUUUACAUGUGACUUUUGUGUUGUUUUCCAUUGAGUUUAGUUUGCUGCUAAAAUUGUCACUGAAAUAUCUUUUGUGUUGUUAAGUAUCUUUUAUCUCGUAAACUUUGUAAUUUAUGCUUUCCUUGUAAUAAGUGAAUAAACUACUGGACCUAAAUUUCCGAUUUUAAUGACGACGCAUUAAUUUCCUUCCCAAACAAGGGAGAAUAAAAUUAAGUUGAGCAGCGUUAUAUCUGUUAAAGACACACGAGACGUACCUCAAUUUUAGAUAGCUUCGUAGAAAGAUUAUUUAAUUGCUAUAUUUGCAUUUAAAACUGUCAAUGACAAAAAGUUCAUGGUAUAUUACCAGGCUUUUUUUUGAUAUUGGAAUAUUUUGGAUUUUCCUUUUAAUAGCAGGCAGAAUGCAAUUUGAUG